AUGGGGGACUGCAAGGGUUCUCCGGACUGGCGCGAGCCGGAGGGUCUGUCGCGGUGCGCGGCUGGCCCGGCGCUCUCUUGGGAGGCUGUGGCCGUGCCGGGCUGGGUUGCCUCUGUCCCUCCCGGUGGCACCAAGUCUCGGAGGGGGCGUUCGAUCUCCAGGACGCGCCACGUGGAGCUGCUGGUGGUGGCGGAUUUCAGCCUGUACCAGGCGUUGGGCUCCGAUAUCAGGGAGUACCUGCUGGUGCUGUUUGCUGCAGCUGACCGCCUGUAUCGUCACCCGUCCCUGGCCAGUGAUGUACGGCUGGCAGUGACCAGAAUCCUGGUGAUGCGUCACAGCAGCGAGGGGCCUGAGGUCCUGCAGGAAGCCCAGCAGAGCCUGCACAACUUCUGUGAGUGGCAGAGGCAGAUGCGCGCCAGGCCAGAGUGGGCAGGCGAGAAAUAUGAUGCAGCCGUGCUCCUGACACGAGAGAACCUGUGCCAGGAACAUUUCUGUGAGUCCCUGGGCCUGGCUCACAUUGGAACUGUUUGUGAGACUAACCUCAACUGCGCAGUCAUCCAAGACAUUGGACUCCAGAGUGCCUUCACCAUAGCUCACGAAAUUGGGCAUCUCUUAGGUAUGCCGCACGAUAGUUCGGAUAUCUGUAUCCAAGUCGGCGAGCUGCCCAGUUCUAACCAGAUGAUGUCGAACCUGUUGACACGGAUUGAUUACUCCGAACCCUGGUCGCGCUGCAGCAGUAAACUCUCUCUGGGCUUCUUCGAGAGCGGACGAGGUGGGUGCACAGGUCACAACGUUCGCACUGUAUAUCCAGCGAGUCAAAGUGACUGCGUCUGGUGUGCUCGGGUUUCGCAUGCUUUCCCAGUCGGGGUGGCUGCUUCGCAGUUCCCUUGGCUGGGUUUGGAAGGGAAUGCUGGAUCUGCCCCCCCCCGUCCGUCCAUGAAACCAGAGCGGUUAUGCCAGCGAAGAGCGACCACAGUGGAUAUGCCAUUGAACAGAGGGGACAGCAGCGACCAGCAGCCUGAAGUGGAGAUGCCAGCGAUCAGCCGCUUGAGCCAACCUCAAAAGCCCAUUGACGGUAACUGGGGAUCCUGGGGGCCUUGGGGCCAAUGUUCCCGGACCUGUGGUGGUGGUGUUCAGUUCUCUCGACGUCGCUGUGACAACCCACUUCCUGCUGCCUUCGGGAGAUAUUGUCAGGGACGGAGAGAUAUCUUCCAGUCUUGUAACCUUGCUCCUUGUCCUGACAAUGGUCAGACGUAUCGGGCUGAACAGUGUGAGGCCAGAAACAUACCUGCUCCCAACGGGCAGGGUUACUACCAGGAGUGGGAGCCUUACUAUCAUGGAAUUCGCGAGGCUGACCUCUGUAAACUGAACUGCCUCCUCAAGGGCACCUUGCAAGUCACAGUUUUCAACAUCAAGGUGAAGGACGGGACUCGGUGCACUCCGCACAGUGAUGCCGUUUGUGUCCGGAGCCGGUGCGUCAAGACAGGCUGCGACGGGGUCAUCGGAUCGAGGAAGCGGUACAACAAAUGUGGGAUGUGUGGCGGGGAGGACUCGGCUUGCAGGCGAAUCAUCCGCCGUUUCCACAAGAGGACGGUCAACUACAGCGACGUGGCUGUGAUCCCCAUUGGGGCGGCCAACUUCAAAGCACGCCAGGAGCACAGGCGAGGGCAGACUCGGCUCACGGCCUACCUUGCCCUGAAGAGGUUGAACGGCAGCUACAUCCUGAACGGGGACACCCAGAUCUCGGGUUUUGACAGCCUCCUGAGCGUGGGAGGGGUGGAUCUGCGGUACUUGGGCUGGAGCCCACAGCGAGACGUGCUCGGUGCGGUGACACGUGGCGGGCUGACCGAGCCGCUGGUUUUGCAGGUGUACACCCCGAGCAGGCAGCGGGUCGUCAGGGUCCUUUACUCUUACUACAUUCCCAGGGAGCAGGCAGGUGACAGAAAGCCCAUUCACAAGACCGCUGUGACACUAACCAGCCACGGUGCAGUGCCCAAUCCCACACUGACUGAGUGCAACAUCCCCAAUGCCACAAGUCCCACAAUGGUGCACCAUGUCACGUUGCCCACUCACACGCCAGCUGAGAUGCUAACUACCCACAUUGGUGAAGACACGCUGGCUACUCUCAGCCACCCUCUGACACCAAUCCUCCACACAACAACCAAGGACACAGUGCCCAGUCAUAGACCCACACCCACAGUAGCCAGUCGUAGACCCACAUCCACAGUGCCCAGUCGCCUGCCAACAUCCACAGUACCCAGUCGUAGAGCCACACUCUCAGUGCCUGGUCACCCGCCAACAUCCACAAUGUCCAAUCGCAAACCCACACCUACAGUGCCCAGUCACCUGCCAACAUCCACAGUGCCCAGUCGUAGAUCCACACCUACAGUCCCCAGUCGUGGAACAACAUCCACACUGCCCAGUCAUAGAACCAGACUCACAGUGCCCAGUCGUAGAACCACAUCCACAGUGCCCAAUCACAGAACCACAAUGCCCAGUCGCAAGUUCACUCCAACUCUAACCCCUCGCUCGAUUACCAAAGUCACAUUGCAGUAUGGCCAGCCGGGUAAGAGGGAGCCCUCAAGUGGCCUGCACAAUGCUAAACUGCCCACUCCCAAACGGCGUACCCUCUCGCUUUACAGACCACCACAGCCCACCCGCGUUCGGCUUAACCCACCACUGCCCCAGACCAAAGCCUCCUCCACCAGCUGGCACCCUGGGCCAUGGCAGAGCUGCUCAGUCACAUGUGGGGUAGGAUGGCGGGUUCGGUGGAUACAAUGCCUGGACAGGCGUGGUGUUCUCUCAGUGGGUUGUGACUACCAGAUGAAGCCAGCGAGUAUGGCUCUGUGUGUGAUGCAGAGGUGUUGAGGGGGUGGGGUGGUAUGGCCUCUGUCUUCAACACCCCCCUUCCCCUAGGCUCCUCAUGACUAGCCCCAUUCAAACACUCCCAGGUAAGGGACACCAUGGCACGAGAUACAGAGUAAAGCUCUCUUUACUCUUUUAAACUGAAAGUAAAGCUUCCCUCGACAUUGUCCCCAUUGACCACUUCCAGGACAUAGACAGCACGGGGUUAGAAAUCAAGUAAGGCCCCAUCUACAGUGUCCCCAUCAAACAUUCCCAGGACAGGGGCAAUGCGGGGUGAGAUAGAGUGAAGCUCUCUCCACAUUGAGCACAUCAAACCCUCCCAGGAUAGGUACAGAACAAAGUCAGAUAGCAUUUAAAA